AAUAACUCAUCUGAAUACUUCAAACAGUGGAGAACUGUGACGGCACUUCGCUAAUGGCCUUGUACAUUGGAAUAUGUUUAGCUGUUGUUUAUGGUCUCACAGCCAUGACUGCAGCACAAGCUGAUAUGAAAGACAGUUGCCGAUGGAAGUGUUUGACAUUUGCUCAACUGUGGCCAGGAUCAUUCUGUCUGACUUUUUCAAAACAUCACUGCAUGAUUCCAGAUCAGGUGGAUGGCUGGACAAUUCAUGGACUGUGGCCAAAUGGGAAAGAAUUCUGCAAUCGUACUUGGAAAUUAGCUAAAAAGGAUAUUGGGGAUCUUUGGACUGACAUGAGGAAGUACUGGCCAAGUCUGAUUAGUGAAAAUCCUUUUAAGUUUUGGCAAAGUGAAUGGAUCAAACAUGGCACCUGUGGAACCUGCGCUAAAAACAUGUCUUGCCCACACAAGUAUUUCAGCCUGGCUCUGGAACUUCGGACAAAGGUCUCCAUCGAUGAUAUGAAAGAUUCCACACUGCAUUAUCUUACUUGGGCCCUUAUGUAA